UUUUUCCUCCCCUUUCUAACCUUCUCCUGCCCCCCCUCUUUAAAUUCUUUUUAAAGCCCCAGCCCCGCCCCCAAGCGGCCCCCGCGAGAGUCUGAGGGGAGCGGGCCCCUCCCCCACCCCACCCGCGUGGCCGGCGCCGUCCUCGUUGCUGCUGCUUCCUCCUCCUCCUCUUCCUCCUCCCCCCAGCCAGGUCUCUGGAUGGCAGACUCUGAAAAGAAAUGCAGCUUUAAGAGACACCAAAGAUGCUGACGAGAAAGAUCAAGCUUUGGGACAUCAAUGCCCAUAUAACCUGUCGUCUUUGCAAUGGUUACCUUAUUGAUGCUACCACUGUAACAGAAUGCUUGCAUACCUUCUGCAGGAGUUGCUUGGUAAAGUAUCUGGAGGAAAAUAACACUUGUCCAACAUGCCGAAUUGUCAUACACCAGAGCCAUCCACUACAAUAUAUUGGUCAUGACAGAACAAUGCAAGAUAUUGUUUAUAAACUUGUUCCAGGUCUUCAAGAAGCGGAAAUGAGGAAGCAGAGGGAAUUCUACCACAAAUUGGGCAUGGAAGUACCAGGUGACAUCAAAGGGGAGACGUGCUCAGCCAAGCAACAUUUAGAUUCCCACCGUAAUGGGGAAACAAAAGCAGAUGAGAGUACAAACAAAGAAACGUCAGAAGAGAAACAGGAAGAAGAUAAUGAUUAUCACAGAAGUGAUGAACAGGUCAGCAUCUGCUUGGAAUGCAACAGCAGCAAAUUACGUGGAUUGAAGAGAAAGUGGAUUCGCUGCUCAGCACAAGCCACAGUCUUGCAUCUAAAGAAGUUCAUUGCCAAAAAACUUAAUCUUUCUUCUUUUAAUGAGCUGGAUAUAUUAUGCAAUGAAGAAAUUCUGGGCAAGGACCACACUCUCAAAUUUGUAGUUGUUACAAGAUGGAGAUUUAAGAAAGCACCUCUACUGCUACACUACAGACCCAAAAUGGACUUGCUGUAAGAACUAUUCUGUCCUUCUGGACAGGCUUUUUUGUUUGCAGAGACUAUCAUCGGGCACCUUCUUCGUGCACCACGCAAUUCACCCGUGUGAAACAAACCAGCAGAAUCCAUUCCUGGAAACAGUAGUGCUUUCCCAUCCAACCAUUCUUCUGAAUAUUUCUCCUAGGGAUGUAUUAAACCCAGCUUUCUGGACAGGAAAAUAUUUAUACUUUUUUCUACUAAAAACUAAAUUAAUUGCAACUCAAGAGGACACUACCAGCACGGAGUUUACAGACAUCGGAAACACUUCACAGUUCCCCCAAUGUGCAGCUUGGUUCUUGGCUGCUGUCUUGCGGUGACACCCAAUAAGUUAAAACAUUUUGCAAAGAGGACAAUGUCGCUUCACAACUUAAUGUAAGGGUGGUAUAUUUUAUUGCAAGGAGUUCUGUCUUUUAUACCUCAUAUCCAUCUUGUCUUUUUAGUAAGCCCUUCUUAGGAUAUUUAACAAGAUCUAAUGACCAGUGAUUAUCUUUUGCUGUGUUACACUGUUUCUGGUUUAUGCCCCGUUGCCUAUCGCUGUCUGGCUCAUUUGAUUGAGGUUAUCAAAAGAGUUUCAGUUAGUGUUUUUUCCCCCCAACCCCUAACUUUUCCCAACUUCAUUGCCAUUUUACUGGGUCACAUCCUCAAAGUGCUGAACGUUUUGGAAGAACCUUCCUUGCGGUGUUAACGGGGUUUUGCAAAGCGAGAGAUGAUGUCAGGGUGAGGGAUUUGCCUUUCCCGUAAGGGAAAUGAGCCCUCAGCAGCCUUAUUUACUUGAACUCCAUUAUUGUUCCUUUGAACAACACACUGUGUGAAUGCUGCAAUGUAUUUUCUAUGGACUUGCGUUAGGGCAUUGACCUCCCUGCUGGUUUUUAUUUUCCCUAAUUAAGACCGUUUGUGUUCAGCUGAUUCUCUGCUGAACGGCCAUUAUAGGAUCAGACUGAGUUGGUAAUGUGAUACUUUCUGGCCUUUAAGUCUGUAAAUCUGGAUUUGUGGUUAAUUCAGCCCCUCCAUGGAAUACUUUACACCCCUAAACAAUAUAAGCUCUCUCUCUCUAUAUAUAUACAGUUGAAAAAAGGUAAUUUACUGCUUUCCUUUAAACAUCUUGGGACUUUCCCCCCUCCUAGUGUGUGUGUUCGGAAGUAAUUUCUUCAGCUUUACCUUACGCCCAAAAUGAGGCGUGAAUUAGAACAUGCUAUCCUUCAUUGGUAAAAGACGCGCAAUGCAGGGGUGGAGAAGUUUAUUAGGGACCACAGUUUCGAAGUAGGCUGGUGUGGCUGAACCCAAGAACAGGCAUUCACGUUCUCAUUUUUGCAUGUUUCCCUACACACAGGCAUGCGGUUUUUCCUCUCACAUGCACACACAUAGACGCAUAGAGGCAUGUGUAUUCUUUGCAUGUACACAAAUCAGCCUUUCCUCCUUCAUGCACCAGCAUGAGCAAGGAGGCAGCUGCUGCUGGGACUGGUAGGCAAGAGGGGCCUCCUCUUUAUUUCUCAUGACGCUUUGCUGUGGUGUGGAAUGCUGCCUUGAACUAGCUCUUGCCUGUAUCUCUACAUUAUAACCCCACCUGAUUAACACAGGUGGGAUUGGUAUUUGGUAGGAGACCGGGAGCAGCAGGCUUUGGGAGGGGACGUGUUUCAGAGAGACUGGCAGAAAAGCAGAUGGGGCCAGAAAUUCCCUAUCCUUGGUAUAAGGUCUUUUCUACCUGGGGCUUAAACCCGAGGAGUGAUCUAGAGUGAAUCCUUAGGAAUUUGCCCGUCUUUGUUUCUUGCUUUUCUGAGCUCCUUUAGGGUAAUGGGUUUUCCAUUGUGGAGCAAGCCUGGACAAGGGCAUAGUGUGGUGUUAUGUCCUUGGGGUAUGGCCUGUACAGCAGUGUGACGUGGGAUGCUGUGUUUUUCCUGGAUAACUUUGAGAUGAAGUAUCCCUGUUUUACAUGUUUCAGCUAACAGACACUCCAUUAAAAUACUGGUCUUUUCCAUUCUCUUACCACCACCAGAAGAGAUCCCCCAAUAUCAUCAGUAAGGAGCAGGUGUUACCAUUUCCUUUCCAAGUUCUGGUUAUUCUAUUUUCACCUGCUAGAAUUUCUUUUUCUUUUUCUUUUAAAUUACUCUUAUUGGAAAUGGAACUCUCCCAAAUAUCAAAAAUAAACAAGACUCUCAUGGCACCUUGAAGGCGAACAAAAUGUUAUUCUAGCAUAAGAUUACAUGUACUAGAUUGUACUUUUUCAGAUGACUAUAUGAUUUUUAUCUCACAGUAAGUAUUUAACUAUCUUUGCGAAAUCUGGAACUUACCACCCUUUGCAGGUGUUAAACUAGUUUAGUGCAAAUGGUCUCAUAUUCUUAAAUAAUUACAUUUCGACUUGUACUUCCUGUAUUUUAUGCACCUUUGAUCCUGCUAGUGUUGGGCUCUUGUUUUUCAUAUUUUCCAUUUAAAAUGGCAGCAUAUUGAAGAUCUGAACAAGUGGUUUUCUUAGUCCAUAAUAGCUUAUGCUGGAAUAAAAUUUUGUUACAUACAGUACAGUCGUUUUUACUUCAACAGAUUAGUGUGGCUUACCCCUCCAGAAUAAUUCACAAACAUCCUCUUCCUUCGUCUGUCCUCCAGUGGCUCAUUACAAUAUUAGAAACCCAUGUUGUUGACUUAUGUGGCAUUCCAUUUCUACAAUUAUAAUGGAAAAUAUGAAUGUCCAGAAGUCAAAGGAAUCAAGUAAAUCCAAAGUGAGGAAGAUGAGCAAGCAUUGAAUGUCAACAUGAAUAUGUGAACAGGUGGGAGGAAAAACACAAGCUUCAUGUCCCAUUGAGAUGAAUGGGAAAUCAGUGGUGUUCUAAUGCCCUCCCAUUGAUUUCAGUAAGGCUUGCACAGGAGAUUUUCCCAUUGGAGCGUGCCUUUAACAUUUGGUUCUCAUGAGGUAGGAUGCUUAGGGUAAGCAGUUACUUAUUUGACAAGACGUAUUGCUUGCCGUUGUCUAGAAAACACCUCCUAAGGCUAUUAUAAAAGAAAAUGCCUGUUAAUGGAAAGGACAUCGCUUUUUUGGAGUUUGGUGAACUGUGGAGAAUUCAUGAAGCCAUUAAAGAACACAAGUGCAGCCUUAAACUUGAGGUAUCCUAAAUUCAAAGGCCGCGUGGUGCUAUCUGAACAUGUAUUGGCUAACACUGCUUUGUUGAGCCUUAAACUGGGAGCCCCUGCCCCAAAGUCUCUUGAUUCAGUUAAAUUUUUUUAAAAGGGUUUAAUGACCAUUUACAACUAUUCAGUCUACUACCUCAGACUAGAUACACAGCUGAAUUGUAAGACCCGUGCCAUCGUAAAAUAUGGAAUACAGAUAUUAUCCUGUGUGACUUAAACUGAGGUAUUAAAUAAUAUCAAGAUGUUAAAAAGCCCACAUCUCUUGACUGCAACAGUCUACAGAAUCUGUAUUGCUAAGUUUCUAGCAAGUUUUUGAAUCACUUGAAUUUGAUACGGUGCUAUAUAAAUAUAUUUAAAUAUAUAUCUAGUUGCGUGCAUGAAACCAAAGCCAGCCAUUGACACCUGAGCUGGUUUUGUUGCUCAUAAGUUUGCUUAUCUCUCCUUUUGUAACAGCCUGAUGAGGACAGCCUUGGCAGAAAAUCCCUCUCCCCUUUUAAAAACAGCUUCUCAGAAUACCUUCUUUCUUCUGUAGAAACUGUGUUCCUUGGGGUGUUUGUGGUUUAGAAGACCUAGCUGGGCUUUUUUUUUAAAUCAGAAAACUGUAUACAGUGAAUUCCAAGAGAAGAUCCUUGUAAUAGGUAUUGCCUCUCUUCUGUGAAGCUUUUAAGAGGCAAAGGUUGCAUAGCAGCUAUGUUGGUGAAACAUUCAAUUGAUCUUCUGGUUCAAGGUCUUCAAAUCGCAUUCACCUUGUGUGACUUGGGUUUGCUCUGGCCACUUGGAGUGUCUUCUGGUCAGUUAAGCGAUAUAUAAAGUUACUGUGAAGUCGUUUUUUUAAAAUGACUGCUUACCGCUGGUAAAUAAAUGCAGUAAAAAUUGUUGUGUUGCAUUAUCCUCGGCAACAAGGAGACAAACGUUACGCCGGUUCAUUGUCUCACUUGUUAUAACUUUCUUUUAAAAUAGAGAAAUCAGAAUAUAUAAUAUUGAAUUUUAAAUAAGAUUUGGGGGGUUUAAAAGUUAACUUUAUAAAAUUAUUUAUUCUAUUUUAAGCCUUCUGUCUUACUUUUUACCAUCUAAGUAUUUUUUUGGUUUUGAUGGUCCAGCUUUAUUUAUGGGCAUAUAAAAUGAAAUUGUGAGAUGUUUUUACAAGCUUCUUCUUCUUUUCAGAGCCAAAUUACACAUUACGUUAAAAGGCAGUUUGUGCCAAAAAUGGCAGCAGCAUGCAUGCUCUUCUUGCCUCCCUCUUGACUGACCAGUCAUGAUGUCUAGCGCAACUUACCAGUGCUCUGUCAUUGUGAUGUUUUGUGCUUCUUCUCCCUCCGCUUCCUCCAGCAGAAUUUUGGGACUUAGAUAAAUUGUGCAGGAUUAUAGGUCGGAGACGACUUGAUGGCACAUAACACACACAUCGUGGAGUGGUUGGUGGGGUGGGAGUGGGAUUAGAUAUGCUGUUGCUCUUUUCAGUGGUGUUUGCCGAUUUGCGUAUAAUGUCUGGUUUGGUCUUGACUUUGAUUUUUUUGGUGUGUUUUAUUUUGUAUGGAUAAAGAGCAUUAUUUUAUGCUUUUUGUGCAAUAGUUUUGAAACAUGCUUUUGUUAGGCAUACAUUUUAAAUUGUAAAUGUAGCAUCUACUAAUCGCAGCUCUGAAAAAGGAAUGUAGGUGGGUUUAAAUGUACAUUCAAAUGGGCUCUUCUGGGUUUUUUUUUUCCUUUUCUAUUUCUUGGGAUUUUAAAGAUUGACAUUUGGGACUUGUGUCUAUGUGCAAGAACUACCUGUUAGCAAUAUUUUUAAAAUGAUCUGGCGAGAAGUCUUAAAUGUGAAAUGUGGAAGGAAUUGGCAAAACUUGCAGCCCAUCUGAAUUUUAUUUUGUGUGUGCCAUUGGUAUGUCUGAUAUCCCCCCCCCCCCAACUGUGUACCAUCUAACUGGGAGAUCUUUCUUUCUUAGUCGUUGUGCAAUGCUCCAGACACAACAAUCUAACCUCUGGGGAAAAUGCAAACAGUUUUUAAAUUAUUAUAUGUCAAAACUAUGAUGGUGCUAAUUUUUUUCCCUCAAUAGGAUUUGAGCCUUUUGAAAGAUUAUCUAGUUCUUAUUUUUUUUUCAUAACAAUAUAAUUAGUCUUGAGAGAUUUAUUGUCCUGUUUCUUUUCCAAUUGAUGAUAAAUGUAUUUGCAUAGAUAAAUCUAUUCACAAUGAUUUGAAAUUGAGCUGUAAGUUCAACACAACGGGAGAAAGCCAACCAGUUUGUACAUCCACAUGAUGACUAUUUGAUAAAUUUAUAUUUUCACCCAUACAUAAAGAAACACAUAUCUUACAGACAGCAAAACUGUAUUUCACAGAGAGAAAAAAUCUGAUUUCUGUAUUUCCUCAGGUAAUUGUUCUGUUUUAAACAUGUCACAUGAUACCUUAGCCUAUAUAUUGUGUGCAUGUGCCCUUGGAUUUAAAUCUUUAGGAGAUCAGGGCACAGGCAAGCAAUUGCAUGCUAGAAUUGCAAGUGGAUAAGCUCACCUAGAAGUCAAAAUGUGGACUUGGGAAAUACAAACUUUUUCUUAAGAUGCAUACUAUUGGCUAGGCAAAGCACUUUCCUUUUUUUUUUAAUUUAGUGGAAUGGUGCACAUAUUUCCAGAAACUUAUUUCUAACCCUUUAAAUUGGCUGUUGUCGUUUGGUAGUUAAUUCCCUCUUAGGCGUGCACAAACUAUACCCAGAAGGCAGCUCACGAGGUCUGAAGCUACAUGUUCACAGUGACUUGGGCACAUGUUCACAGUGACUUGGGCUUGGGAACCAGGACACCAGCAGUAAUUGCCAAUCAACAUGAAAGCUUGGUGGUUUGCAGUAGAAGGCAAGUAGAAGAUGGCUGCAUCCUACUCCACUGGCAAAGGUGUCUGCAAUCCUAACUGGGGGAGCAGUAAAGCAAAGGUUAAGGGCCUUCUCUAGUACUCUUCUCUGCUGCAAAUGGCUGCAUUACCUCCUGCUUUACAGCAGAUAACUGAGACCCCAGACCUAGGCUUACUGCCAAACCUGUAGGUUAAGGCCAAAGACAUCUGCCAAUAUCUACACGGUUGUGCUUAGGCAUGGCAUUGAACCUAUCAAGGAUGACUUGUGGGUCACUGUUCUCCUUUAACACUUGGAGCCAGUAGUUUGGGCCAGUGAGUACAUUUGAGGUAAGGGCCCUAAUCUCCUAAGGAAAGUUAAGUGAGGCACAUUGCACACCAACCCUACUAUGUGCUCAAUACCUUAAGUAGGUGACGGCAUAACCAUCUUGAGAUGAGCAAACCUUUCAUCUUCAACAAAUGUAGGGUUGUGGGACAAUAAGCCAGUGCAACCAUUUAAGCCUUUAUCCUCACUUAUGUGGCAUAAUAAAAGAUACUGAAAACUCUUGCCGUAUUAAAACAAAAUCGUAUUUUUGACUUGGUUUCAUUUGGAAGUUUACAUUUUUUUUUCACGCUUUGUGUUGCUGUGUAACUUUUGUACUCUUGGUGGCUAGUUUUGUCUAAAUAAGCCUUUGGGGGGGGAUUAUUGCUUAAUGUUUUGAUUUUAUGAUAGUGAAGCUUGUAUUCAGUGUUCUGCCAAUUAAUAUUAUAUGCUUGUAAUAAAAGCAAAACAAA